AUGUUUGCAAGGCUCGUGCCUCGUGCCAGGUUGCUUUUCCCCGAUUCCAUCCCAGAACUCAAUUCUUUUCCAAAUAUUUGUAGUCAAGCCGCCAAAGUGGAGAGUGUUGUUGCACCAGGGGUUCCUUCUCAUUUCAGAGUAGGGGGAGGAGGUGGGGGUGCACCUCAGCACUUUCCCAAGGCUGAAAGCAAAAGCGAGUUCCUGGGGAAACCCCCAGGUUCUGCCGCUCAGAGAUGGAUACCUUCUCGAAGCACUAGGCGAGAGGCCAGCUUCUCUGCUGAGAGAGGGCAACACGAUGCAAUCUUCAGAAAAGUGAGAGGCAUACUUAAUAAACUGACACCUGAGAAGUUUGACAAACUGUGCCUGGAGCUCCUCAAUGUGGGUGUGGAUUCUAAGCUUGUCUUGAAAGGAAUCAUCUUGUUGAUUGUUGACAAAGCCCUUGAAGAGCCCAAGUACAGUCAGUUAUAUGCUCAGCUAUGUCUACGCUUGGCAGAAGACGCGCCAAACUUUGAAGAUCCAGCAGCUGAAAAUUCCACAACAAAAAAGCAGAACACAACCUUCAGAAGGCUUCUCAUUUCCAAGCUUCAAGAUGAGUUUGAAAAUCGUGCCCGAAAUGUGGAGGUUUUUGACAAACAUGAUUGCCCUCUCACAUCUGAGGAGGAGGAACAGCGUGCUAUUGCCAAGAUUAAAAUGCUUGGCAACAUCAAAUUCAUUGGAGAACUCGGGAAACUCCAUCUUAUCCACGAAUCCAUCCUCCAUAAAUGCAUCAAAACACUUUUGGAAAAGAAGAAGAGAGUCCAACUUAAGGAUAUGGGAGAAGACCUGGAAUGCCUCUGUCAGAUAAUGAAGACAGUGGGACCCAAGCUCGAUCAUGAAAAAGCAAGGUCCCUGAUGAAUCAGUACUUUGACCGCAUGCAGGCCUUGACCAACAAUAAGGAACUGCCUGCAAGGAUUCGCUUCCUGCUGCAGAACACAGUGGAGCUGCGGGAGAACAACUGGGUGCCUCGUAAAGCCUAUUUUGACAACGGACCAAAGACGAUCAGUCAAGUUCGUCAGGAUGCCGUAAAGGACUUGGGUGUGUUCAUUCCGCCUCAGUCUGAUGUCUCGAGGUCUGAUUUUUUCAUGGAUAAUGCCUUCCUGGACCACUCUUUCCUACAAGGCAGGGUCAGAUUUGACAAAGAAGGGCUCGGGGGACUGGCUGAUAUGUUCGGACAAAUGCCUGGAAUCGGUAUUGGAACGGGUCCUGGAGUUAUUCAAGAUCACUACUCUCCAACUUUGGGCCGCCACCGCUCCAACCCGAUGUUUAACGGCCAUAUCGGGAUGAAUAACAGUUUACAUCAGUCCCAGUUUGAUACAGGAAACAAACCUUUUAUCAAGGCGAUGCAGGGUCAGAGUUCACCCGUUUUCAGCCAUAAACAGAAUGGCUCGGUUCAGAUGCAGUCUAAAGAUAUGGGCCCACGUUUUAGCAAGAAAGGGAAGCUCAAUGUUGAUGAGAUUAGUCUGAGGCCUGCACAGUCUUUCAUCUUGAACAAAAAAGUGCCAAAGCUGCAGCCACAGAUGACAAUGAUGCCACCAAGUGCCCAAGGUUCCUUAAUGGGACAGUCCCCACAGCUCGGUCUUAAAACAAACCCUCCGCCAAUUCAGGAAAAACCUGCUAAGUCCAACAAGAAGCUACCCCCGACUAAGGAAGAAAUGCAUAAAAUGACGGAGACUCUUGUUGCAGACUACAUGAACAGCAAGAACGUCAGCGAGGCCGUGACCGCUGUGAAGGAGAUGAAGGCUCCUAAACACUUUUUAGCAGAGAUGUUGAACAAAAUAGUGGUGUCUUCGCUUAGUCGUUCAGAUGACGAUAAGGAACUUGCGAGCACCUUGAUUCACGAGCUUUGCUCGGAGGGCCUUGUCACAAGUGAGAACCUAUUGCAGGCAGUUCUCGGCGUACUGGACCAGUGUCCCAAAAUCGAGGAAGAAGUCCCUCUGGUCAAGUCGUACCUGGCUCAGUUUGCGUCACGGGCCGCCGUGGCCGACUUGAUCAGCAUGACUGAUUUGGCCCACCAGCUGGAGAACGGCACCCAUUUCCCUCUUUUCCUGCUCUGUCUGCAACAAAUGGCGAAGCUCAAAGAUCGCGAGUGGCUCGCCGAUCUCUUCCAAAGGAGCAAGGUCAACAUGCAGAAGAUGCUACCUGAAAUGGAUCAGAACAAGGACCGGAUGCUGGAGAUUCUGGAGGGCAAAGGCCUAAGCUUUCUAUUUCCAUUGAUGAAGCUGGAGAAGGAGCUUCUGAAGCAAAUCAAAGUGGAUCCAUCUCCACAGUCCAUUUACAAGUGGAUUAAAGACAACAUCUCUCCCAAGCUCCACACUGACAAAGGCUUUGUCAACAUCCUCACCACCAGUUUCUUGCAGUACAUCGCCUACGAGAUAAACCCAGAUGACGACGAAGAGCAGCUGGCGUCGCCGAGCAAGGAGCAGCUGGAUGAGGAGAAACAGCUGCUGCUCUCUUUCAAACCAGUCAUGCAAAAGUUCCUGCAUGACCACAUGGAGCUGCAAGUCGCCGCGCUCUACGCGCUGCAGGUCCACUGUAACACUAAACAUUUUCCAAAAGGCAUGCUGCUGCGUUACUUUGCUUACUUUUACGACAUGGAAAUCAUUGAAGAAGAAGCCUUCCUGACAUGGAAAGAAGACGUCACUCAAGAGUAUCCAGGAAAAGGAAAAGCAUUGUUUCAUGUAAACCAGUGGCUCACCUGGCUUGAGACUGCUGAAGAUGAGGAGUCGGAGGAUGAAGAUUACUAA